GGCGAGAUGAGCAACAGGCUGAACUGAAGAAGUUUGGACAAGAUUUCAAACUAAGUACUGGAGAAACUGGUGAUGCAAGUACUAAUGAUUGCAAGAAGCAGGGACAAGUGCAGUCUCCUGAAGAAGGUGGAGGGAAUAAAGAUCAGCAAGGUGGUGAACUUGGAGGUGGUCCAGUUGAUAAGGUGGCAUCUGCGCUCAAAAAGUCCACCCUGAAUCCUAAUGCUAAGGAAUUUGUAUACAACCCAAAUGCUAAACCGUUUACCCCGCGUUCCCCAAGUACACCCACUCCAUCACGGCCACACACUCCACAGACACCUCAGUACUGUGCUGCACCACCAGGAGCCGCAGCUGGCAUGGCCGCUACAGCAAUGGUUAUGCCAACGUAUGUUGUUGCAGCAACUAAUCAACCCACUGCAUUCACUCCACAAAAUCAAAAUAGUCGAUUCCGUAAAGUGCCAUUGCCAAUGCCUCAUCGUCCAGACAUUGCAUCCCAAAUGCAAGUGGCUGCAGCUACAGGACAGCCAUUGUUGGCUCCAGCCCCUAUACCUGCCCAGUUUGCUCUACCAUAUCCACAUCAGGGGCAUCUACCACCUCAAACACAAUAUCAGCAUGUUGUUCGUAUGGUACAACAGGGAGCAGGCAUGGUUCCUAUAGGAACUGUACCAACAUCAAUGAGUUAUCACCAUGAAUCACCUGGACCUCAGCCCCCACCAGGCCCCCAUCAACUUCAGUAUAUGUCCCCUGCUCCACCAGCAGCCAUGGGGCCACCGCAUCAUGCCCAUCCACAUCAUCCUCAUCCUCACCACCAUGGACACCCUCCUCCUCCACCCUCUCAGCAGGGUCCGCCUCCACCUGGUGGGCCAUCACCUGCCCAAGGAGCCACUCCUAAUCCGCCAGGCCCUCCACACACUCCAGUAGGUGCUCCAAAUAAUGCAAGUGCAGCAGGGGGAGGUGGUUACCACCACCAUCCACAAGGUGGUCACCCACAGUCCCCAGCUGGGGCACCACCAGCUACAUACCAACAACCUCCUCCAGGGCCACCACAAGGGCAUCCACCUAGUGGACCCCAUACAUAUUCUAUAAUGUGCUCAGUGCUGCCACCAGGCCAGUUGGCUCCAGGUCCACAUACUCCACACCAUCCUAUGAUGCAGCCAGCCAGCAUGCAGCAGGCUGCAGUGCAGUACAUUCAUCACCAGCAUCAAGUGGGCAGUACCCAGCCGCAUAUUCAAGUGAUCUUGCCCCACAACCAAUGAUGAGAGGGCAUCAGUUAGUAGCAAGAAAACAGCUAAAUAAUAAUUAAUAAUAAUUACAUACAGUAAAGCAGUAAAACAGAAGUUAAAAGCAUUCUCCCAUACAGUGCACAUGCCAGUAAAGGAAUAACUAUUUUGCUGGGAAGGCAGAUCAGAGAUUAUUAGCUCCUGAUGAAGGAUGAGAUUGUUAUUGUUAAUGUAAGAUGUCAGCCCAGUGCUUGGGACUUUAUGAGGGAGCUCUGCGUGAUGGAAAAAGGUUGUACUAGAAGCUGUGAAGGAAAGUAUGGAGAAGUGCAUUAUAUUUUGAUCAAUUCUACUCCAUUUCCUUCAGUUAUUUUAAAGGAUCAACAGGUUCUUAAGGAUUGAGAACUAAUUGCCUUAUAUCCUCUGUUGGCCUUGUUCAGUAGUGUAUUCUAUAUCUGCCUCUCACUGAAACAAAACAAGAGAACUGUGACUGCAUAGUGUUCAUAGCGUUAAAAUAAGUGAAUGGGAAUGUGGAAGUGUCUGGAGCAUCUGUUAUAGCUAGAACUGGGCUAGAUGCACGGAAGCCUCCACUUACAGUGUGGUAGUCGAGAGACUUGUUCCUAAUAUCUGACCUCAAGUCGGUAGUGGAAGAAAUAAGGAGGGAUUCAAUCUCUCUCUGUGCCCCAUCAGGCAGUCCUGUACCCCAACAGUAUUCAGUUAUACAUAAAAUAGAUAAAGUAUACUUUUGUACACAGUGCUGCUAUUACCAUGUAUUCCAUGGUAUAUUGCUUUAUAUGGUGUUCUUUAAUCUUGGAAUACUAAAGGGAGUAAGAUUAGGAAACAUUUAUUAGUUAACCUAGGAGGGAUAGGGUUUUUCUCUGUGUUUAUACUUCCCUUAUGUGUCUUGGGGAAGUAAUCAAGAAACAGAUAAGCCUGUGCAUAUCCCUAAGUGGUCGAACUUCAUGAGCAUGAAGUUGGCCCUAAAUACACAUUAUUUUGUGCAACAUGGCCAUUGUUGUAUAUAGUAACUGAUCAUCUGCAAAUGAAACUGAAAAUAGAGUAUAAAAAUCUGUCCUUCAUAGUUCACAUUACUGUUUCUUAUAACAGUUUGUGCCCCAUAACAUUUUCUGUUUCUUCACAUUGUGUGAUUAUUACUUCAUGUCCGAUUCUGUAUGGGAUAGGAAGUCAGGUCAUCAGAAGAUUGUGCAGGAGGCAUCUGUAUUGUGACAGGAUGAUCCAGGGAUAAGUCAAAACAUAAAGCAAGUUCUUGUUACUCUGUCAUCAGGACUCUUCUUACAGGCCUUUAUAGAACUUCAUCAGUAUUACUGCAUUGUUCUUAUUUUUAGGGAAUGACAGUAUUAAGAGAGAACGCUUUACACUUGAAUAUGUGAUGUAACUGAAAGAUCGUUGUCAGCUGGUACACUGACACAUUGAGAACAUGAUCUGACUCUUGAAGUAUAGUUAGAAUUCUUGCCAGAAAUGAGAAAAGUGUAAAAACAUAUAUUUAUAGCAUUAAAUUUUAUAUUUUUCUUGUCAUUCUGGGCAAAGAAUACUCUCCCUUUUAUGCUCAGUAAUUGAGAGCCUCUUUUCUCUGCCAUUGACUGUAAGGUUGAUGUUAGGAGGGGAAUACAUUUCCACACGUGCUCUUUUCUAAUUUAAAAUAGCAUGUUAUAUAUGUUAUGUCUAGUGGAUAUUCUGACAUGGUUCAGUUAUAACAGCCAACAAGUUCUGAACUUUGUUAUUGAUGAAUAUUUAUCAUACAUAUAGUGUAAAUUCAAUUCUAGAUAAAUUUGGCAGCAUUUUUAGUGCAGAAUGUAACAUUGUUAUAUCAAUUAAUUAAAUUUUUGGUUUGAUUAUAAACAUUUGCAUUACUAAAAUCUGUUUCAUAUAAGUCAUGUAUAUACCCUAUUUGCAUUUACAUGUCCCUCAAUUUGUUUCAUUUUUCUUAACGAAAGUCAGGAGAAAUGCACCUUCAGUUAAAUGAGAAUGAAAUAUUUUUCAGUUGCACCUUUAGCCAAUUUUUAAUUUUACAUUAAUUUAUCCUUUUCUCUUCUUAAUUAUCUUAAUUUCUGUGAUUUAUGGCAAAAUGUAAACAGGUCAUUCCUUUUUAGCUUGAUUCUGUAUCAUAAUGUGUACACCAAAUCUGUGUGUGCAGUAAACAUUGUCUAUGAGACUGUGUGGUAGUUGGACUGGCUUAAUACAAAGAAAUAUUGUUAAAAAAUUGUAUUCCUGUGCUUUGAAAUUCAGCAACUGUAGGACUAUCUACUUUUUGUGAACCUCAGUAACUGAAACAUUAGAAUUCUGUCAGAACUGAUAUCAGUCUUAUUUCCUGCAGCUGUAGAUCCCAGUCUACAUAAUAUUUGUGCUGUGUUAAACUAGCAGGUACUAGCCAUCUGUAAUGUGCAGCAGAACCAUGGAGUAACAAGUUGCAGUGUGGUUUAUCCCAUUGUCUGGUCUUCUUUCAGUCAGUGGUAUGUGGUUACUGUGACACUGUGAUUAUGGGAAGCAUUUUCUUAUUAAUGCUAAUUAAAUUAAGGGAUUCAGUAUUGUGCUUUAUGCCAUAAAACUUAUUGGCAUGAUAUUAAUUUUGUGACAUGACCUUAACAACUAGGACAUUUUUUCCACUAAAUUGGAGAGUUUCGGGUUAUUUAUUCUGAUUCUUUGUGUGUUCUUAACACACUUCUAAAACACAGAAUGGACUGAGAAGUCACAAUCACUCUAUGCAACAUGCAUCUAAGGGAUUGACAACACCUUCCUAGCUCGGCUCAUUUCUUUCCAUUUUCAUCCUGACCACCUUGUGGUCUAAUGGUAAGACUGUACACUCUCGUUCAGAAGGUUCUGACUUGUCUCUGAUCAAAUCUGUGUGCGUAUUUUCUACACACAGGUUUAAACCUUCACCUUCACCAAAGACAAAGCCUCACCCAUGGUUUGGAGCUCAUGUUAGACUAAAACCCCUUCUCAUGAUCAUCUUCCCAUAAGGAGCAACAGGAUCUGCCUUAUGGGUGUUCCCAUUUUUUAAACAGAUUAUACAUCUUUAAGUGAGUAGAAGUCAGAGAGAUAAACAUUGACGAUAUCUGGAGACCUGGACAAAUAGCAGUAGCAUUUUACAUAUAUAAAAUUUGCAUUACAAUUUCAUAUCAUGUUUAUAGCACAGUUAAAAGUAAAAUGCUGAAAAAAAAUGCAGUUUCUGUUGUAAGCACACAACAGCAAAAUUUGUUCUUACUGCUUAUCUUCCUGGCUACUGCAAAUCCCUAUCAGUUCAGCCAAGGAACAUUUAUUUUUGUCAUUAAACUUCUGAAAGGAUAGCCUGUAACUGCACUGCUACUUGCAUGCCUUUACAUCAUGUACUCAUAUAACUGACAUGAAAUAGAAUGGCACUUGUGAUUCAGUUAGUUGUUGGUGACAUUUAGCAAAGAUUCCAUUGACUUGAUAGUUUUUAAAAGAAUGACCAAGAAAGUGAGUAACUACUGUUGUUUGUGAUAGUACACCAAACCAACUCCUCUCCAGAAUCACAGACUUGCAAGGCAGUUAUACUGAAAAUCAUCUUAAAUGUACCUUUCUUCCUCCAGUGACACUGAAUUGAGUGUCCAACUAAUUCUUGACAUGGAUGCAUAUGUGAGAGAAACUAUUAAUUUGGCUAGUUUAUUGCUCUUUCCUUGAAAAAGCAGCAAACUGUCAAAAAUAUGCUUUCUAUUGCUCAUAUAAAAUUGUCAUUUCAAACUGCUUGACAUUGCUGCAUGUGGUUGGAUUAUUCAAUAUCAAAAUAAGCUUACAUGUUUAUGAAAGGAUCUCUUUGUAGAGAUCUUGAGUCAAGUACUUCAUUCCCUUGCCAUUAUAUGUAGCUAUCUUAUCAAGUACUGUUUCUGGGCUAUUAGUGUGAAGUGAGUUCCUUCAGGUGGUAUUUAUAAAAACUUUAUUUCUACAGUGAAAAUGUAGUGUUUUUGUUAAACUACAUAAAUAGAAAUGUAAACGGAGUUUAACCGCUAGAAUGAUAAGUUAGCAGCUUUCAUUUGAUCUACCCAUUUCCUUAAUUGGAACUUCUU